UUUAACUAAAAUCACCAAACGCAAGAGUUGUCCCUGUUACUUUAGUAUUUUUUAUUUUUAUAUUAUAUAAUGUACAGCGACAGACCAAUUGAUACAUGCACGAUCGAAAAGUCAAAAUCAGAGGAGUUUUUUUUUUUUUACUUGCGCUUCAAAUAAGCCUUGUUAGCUGAAUUGGUUGCUUCUUCUUAGUUCAAGUUGUAUCUAAUUCUUGGUGCUUGGGAUUUCAGCUUAGAACAAAAAGCAAGUUGAAUAAAUUCAAGGAGUGGAUUUGGGGUUUGUUGUUGAAAGAUAAAAAAGAGGAGGUGUUGGUUGAUGAUGAUGGUAUGUGAUGAUUGAUGGGCAGUAGAACGGUGAAAAUUGGCGUAGAAAAUAAUAAAAAAACUGCAGCAGCGAUGCCGAGCUAUGUUCCUUCAGUACCCACUUCCAAUCCCAGUGGCUCAGAGGCAAAUGCCAAUCGAUCUUCUCGAAUGUCAGACUUUGGAACCCUUGAGCAAUCUCUUGGAUUUCGUAUAGAGGAUGCUAUUGAUCUUUCCAGAAACCCUCUAUUUAAUCAAAUAAAGUCAAGUACACAGGCAAUAGCUGAUGCCCAGUUUGGUUCUUUAAAUAAGACAAUUGCAUCUGCCGACAGCAAUCUCUCUGAUGGUAUUGUGGGGUCACAGACAUUAUCGCUUCAAAAAGAUAACCCACCAAAUCUUGCACCUAUAUCAGCUGGUCGGGAGAAUUGGGGGGAUUCCAAUAUGGUGGAUGGCAGCCCUAGGACUGAUACAUCAACAGAUGACACUGAUGAGAAGAAUCAAAGGUUUGGAAAAGGUCAAACGAAUGCUAUUGUGGCCUCUGAUUCUAGUGACAGAUCAAAAGAUAAAACAGAUCAGAAGACAUUGCGUAGGCUUGCUCAAAAUCGUGAGGCUGCAAGAAAAAGCCGGUUAAGGAAAAAAGCAUAUGUGCAGCAGCUAGAGACUAGCCGACUGAAACUGACUCAACUUGAGCAAGAGCUGCAGCGAGCUCGUCAGCAGGGCAUAUUCAUUUCAAGCUCCGGAGAUCAAUCUCAUUCAAUGAGUGGAAAUGGUGCCCUGGCAUUUGAUGUUGAAUAUGCACGGUGGCUCGAGGAGCAAAAUAGGCUGAUAAAUGAGUUGAGGGCUGCAGUCAAUUCUCAUGCUGGUGACACUGAACUUCGCACCAUUGUUGACAACGUCACAGCACAUUUUGAUGACAUUUUCCGAUUGAAAGGCACUGCUGCAAAAGCUGAUGUUUUCCAUAUCUUAUCAGGAAUGUGGAAAACACCAGCAGAGCGGUGUUUUCUGUGGAUAGGUGGCUUCCGUUCAUCUGAGCUUCUUAAGCUUCUUGUUAAUCAAUUGGAACCUCUAACUGAGCAACAGUUUAUGGGUAUCCACAACUUGCAGCUAUCAUCACAACAGGCCGAAGAUGCGUUAUCACAGGGGAUGGAAGCAUUGCAACAAUCUUUGGCUGAGACGUUGGCCAAUGGCUCACCUGGUCACUCAGGAUCAUCUGGGAAUGUAGCAAACUAUAUGGGUCAAAUGGCUAUGGCCAUGGGAAAGUUAGGAACCCUUGAGGGGUUCCUUCGACAGGCUGAUAAUCUGCGUCAGCAGACACUGCAACAAAUGCACCGUAUCUUGACAACUAGGCAAUCAGCUCGGGCCCUUCUUGCAAUAAAUGACCAUUUUUCUAGGCUUCGAGCUCUCAGUUCUCUCUGGCUGGCCCGGCCACGGGAGUGAGAAGUAGAUAUUUCCUUCUGCAUGAAGUUAAUCUGAAAAUGUAUUGUCCGUAGAUAAAAUUUUAGUAGUGUUUUCCUGGAGCAUUGCUUUGAUUGAUGUUGGGUAGACUGCUGUACUUCGACUUCAACAUCCUGAAUUUCAGGAUGCCGUUGUGUUGCAGCUAGGCCACUUUGUUGUUGUCUAAAGAUUUUCUUUCCACAGUUGUAACAUCGCAAAUGUUGUCAAAGUUGUUGUAUGCGUAGUACUUUGGUUGUGAAACAGUAGUGCAAUAAUCUGAUUACUUUGAUGCUAGAAUUAAGAAAGGAAGAUAGGGAAUGGUAUAUGUGACAUAGGGUAAUGUUGUCAAUUUGUAUACGACAAUCACAUUAAAAGCUUGGCAUGUAUAUAUGUGAUGCUUUCAUUUGUAACGUAAUUGAUCCUAUUUUCCUAUGUAUUUCAUUUCAUCAAUUGUGUGGGAGUGAGGCUUCAUCUACGCUAGGAUUUUUGAUCUGCU